ACACCAGAGUAUGUACAUUAAUGCUGAUUAUUUUGAAUUUGAAUUUGCUUGCCACCUGAACCAUUAAUUCGAGUCUGCUUGCCAUCCAAGCCAUUCAUUUGCUAAGUAUGGAUAGUUACAAGAUUAAAUUGUCAUAAACGACCAUGAUUCCUGUUGAUGAACACGAUCAACUCAAGGGUAAAGUUAGAGUAGCCAGCAUUGGCUAACUAUUGUUGAUAGCGAGCUCCAUGUUCGAUUGCUUCUGCUUGAGCUUUGACACUUGUUAUCUUGAGGAUGUUUUGAUCAGUGUAACCGAAAAUGGCAAUGUGUAGUUCCCCGCUAUGAACCUGGAUAGUUCGUUGAAUCCGAUUUUAACAGAAGGCUCAAUGACUGUUGUCUCACCGGGUGAUGUCACUCCAAUCUCCCUUACAGGUUACGAUCUAGACCCGAUUUCAAGUUUGCAGCCGGGGGAUUCUGGGAAUCAUCCUGACAUUGUCACUGCCGGCGGGCUUAGUAGCGAAGAUGCGGAGGAGAGCAGUUCUGCACCUGCUGCCUUCAUAAAUGGUGUACCUGUCACUGUGUCUGUUCAAAAUGUUGAUGGACAACAGAGAAUAGUGUGUGUCGCGACAGAUGCUAGUGGGGGCUCUGUGUCAUAUGUGGGCCAACUCACCACGGAGGCCAGUCUCGAAUUUCAGACAGAGGUCCCCCCGCAGCCCUUGCUGGCAGACGAUGAGUUGUCCCCACUGCCCCCAGGGGCCGAGCUGCUCUCCGUCCACCCCCAGCCCACACCCCUACAGCACCUGGAGCCCCUGGAACCCCUUCACCCCUGUCUUCUCCCGGAGGCGGAGUCAGAACCCCGGGACCAGGACACAGAAGAGCCCAAGAAACGGAAAGGCGGCUGGCCAAAGGGAAAGAAGAGGAAACCUCAGAGGGAGUUCUCGGCACCGCGCGCGCCAACCACAGGGUACGUGAUCUUCGUGAACGAGAGGAAGGUCCAGCUGAAGUCGGAGAACCCAGACCUCCCCUUCACUGAGAUCACCAAGAUGCUGGGCGUCCAGUGGUCUCAGCUCUCCCUGGAGGAGAAGCAGAAGUACAACAACGAGGCAGAGAAGGACAAGCAGCGCUACAUCAGGGAGCUGAUCGCCUACCAGAACACUGAGGCCUACAGAGGCUUCCUGAGGAGGAAGGCCCUGAACAGAGUCAAGGAUCUCUGUGGCACCCAGGGUGUGCUGUGUGAUGAAGCUGAGCUUGAAAAUGAAGUCUUCACGCUGUCACAAAUGGAUGGGGAUGAGAACAGCGAUUUGUACUGCCGUACCUGUAACCAGUACUUCAGCUCUCUACACAACAAGAAGGAGCACCUGUUGGGCAAACAACACCUGCUGACACUCACAGAGGAAUUUGAGAAGGAGAGUGGCAGCCAGCGAAAAGUGGCAGAGCCUGAGGAAGAUCCAGAUGAAGAUGAGGAAGAGGAAGACGAUGAGGACAGGGAGCUAGCGCGACUGUGUGGUCUUACCGCUCUGGACCUGAACAGCCUGGAAGAGCUGCUGCUUCGACAGGUCAACCUGAGAGAGUUCGAGCUCCAGGAGCUGAAAGACAACCUGGACCAGGAGAGGGAAAGGCAGGAGCGGCUGAACUCGGAGCUGCAGGAGCUGCAGAAGAGGAAGAUGAGUCUGGAGGCGGAGCUGCAGGGCCUGAGGGAGAGUUGGCCAACUCUGGAGUCUCAGCUGCACUGUCUGAAUAUGGUUCCUCUUCUCUUCCAGUUCCACAUCCAGAUCAUAGACACCGGCAGCUCUGUCAUACAGAAGCAGAAUCUGGCUAAAUCUGUCCAUUCUCUGAUGAAGUGAGAGAACUGCAGGUGAUGUGAAGAUGGCGGAAGAGCGCACAGGGUGACGAACGCUGUAAACACACCAGCGCGGGUCUUCCCACGUCACACGCUGCACUGACAAACUGGACGGGUGACGGGACGCACUUUAUGCAGAGGGCCCUGGAAACGGCCCAACGGCGGCUUCCUUCAUUCAUUCAUUCCUUCCUUCUGUUCGUUUGUUCAUGUUUGUUCGCUGGGUCUUAUUACAGUGGAUCGGUUCUUCUCCGUGGAUCAGUUCUCAGAUCUUACAGUUAAGGCUUGAUUCUUUGUUCAUUCAGGUUUAAUUUUUAAUGUGAAGAUAAGUCUUAUGCUGUAAAUACAUGCCUUAAAUGGUAAAGUACUGUACUACUCUGCAUGAACAAAAAGUAAUGAAACAAACACUUUUAAGAAAUUGACUAUCCAGUCUGCUGUAACGUUGCAGCGAUGUUGUUUUUGCACUUACCUUGACACUAGAGGUCUACUGCAUGCUUAUGCACUAAAACCCACGUCACUAAAUCAUUGAUGUGAUGAUGGAUAUUUUUGGAGUUUUAAUGGUAGUUUUGGUAGAUUUCUGUGCUGUAAAAUAUAAUGUUCGAUUUUAAAUGUAGAGGAAACUGCACAAAGUUAUUUUGAGAAUUCCACCUCAGAUGUAGCUUGAGAAAAUCUAAAUACAAAAUGUUAGUAAUGUUUACCAUUGGAAAUGCACUACAUUGUUUUUUAUUAUUAUUGUUUACUUCAUUACUCAAAAUGGCUACCCCUUUGACAGCUACCACUGUCCUUUUGUGGAAAAAGUUUUGAACGCUUACGAUGAUCAGUGGAGUUCUUUGGUUUGUAUUUGCAAGCAAAAACAAAAUCGUCCACCUCACCUUUGCAGAUGCAUAUUCUCGGUGCUUCAAUCUCCCUCUGGAAUCCUUUGGGGGAGUCUGAAUAUUUAAAUAGAGAGUAAAGUCCAUUAUUGUGUUCAUUUUUGCAGCAGAUCAGAUAAGGAUAGAGAGGGUGUAGAAUAAACCUUCACAUUUUCCCCUGGCUGAGCCACAAACAGCUGUGGACUGAGUAACCCUUUGUGGUCAGCUCUCGGAUAGUGUGACCUCAGCUCUGAUUGGUGCAUUGGCCUCUGUUUAAGCCCCUGACUUAAAGGAUGCUGGGUCUAAUUUGAUAAUACUUGGGCUAAUGUGCUGAUCAUGUUGGAACAAUAUACUUUUCCUAGAAUGUCAUCUCCUCUGUGUCCUACUGACGAAUGUUUUACAUCAUUUGUUGUUCAGAUGUAAGAUUAACAAAUAAAAUGCAAGCUUCUGGAUCA